GCGAGAGAGCGGAUUCCACCCUGCAGCUGCUCUGUUGUUUACACGACGAAGCGCACUUCCCGGAUGACUGCGGCGAGCGACGUGUCAACCGUGGAGCUAUACUGCAGGGCCCUGCGGAUUCUACAUGGGCUGUUUCCUGCUGCUGUCCUGGUGCCACACGUACAGAAGCUAGUUAGCAGUACCGUACACAGACUGGAGACCCUGUCGAAAGUCGAUGAGGUUGGAAGACCGAUGUGUCAGCUGGCGUGUACAAUGAUGCUGUCAACCAUCUGUGAAGCCGUCGUCAUCGGACACAAUGACGCGCCGCCGUGUAUAGUUGAAGAACUACCAUCUAUCAUUGAACGCAAUCUCUACAGAGAAGAUCUAGCCAGGAUUCCUGGAAGCAUGAGCCACGCUGAGCGAGGGAGGUUAGUGUCACUCUACACAGAAGCCAAGUGGACGUGCAUCAGGUUUGCUCUCACACACUGUUGCUGCGGCAAUGACGAUGACACAUCGUGGGAUCCGGCGGUGGUCGUCCUGCAACGAUGUGUCGACGGUCUAAGCACGGCGUCAGGCAUGGCGAUCGUAUCACUGCUGAGGGUCACGGAAGUUCUGAUGCACAGGGUUGAUCUCAGCGGCGGAGUAGUAAUUGAGGUGGUGACAGCAGCGUGGAACACAGUGCAGGAUCAGUGGAGGAACCAUGCGUGCUUCUGGAAAAUUCUGGAAGCUGCAGUGCCAGUAGUGUUCCACGAGAAAUUUAUGAGGAGUCCAGACGUGCCUUCUACAAUACUGGAGACAUUUAACAAGCAUGCCAGCUCAUUGCGAGAUUCGGGCGAGCACAGGAGCGGAGUGUUCAACGUUCUCGUACGUCACUGCUGCGCCGUGUGGCACACCGACGCACGAUCCAUGCAGCGCCGCCCUGCUGCCGGUCCGACGCGCGACCCGUGCAGCGCCCCUGCCGGCGGACGAGGGAGCCAUGCCCCGCAGCAGCCCCUGUCGACGGACGAGGGAGCUGUGGAGCGACAGCUCCCCCUGCUGGUGCGACGGCGUGAUGUACGGUCCCGUGCAUAA